AUGAGGUUUGACACAAGAAAAAUCAAUGACAAUAAUGUGUCAUUGGGAUUAGAUGAAGCAAUUUUACUUGCAAGAAAAAAAUGCAAGUUAAAAGAUCUGAUUGGGUGGCAUCUAUUAUUUAUGGUAUCUCUUGCUGCUACUAUCAAAAAUAAAUCGCCUACUUAUUAUCCUCAAAAAUAUCAUAAAAUGAAGUUGGAGCAUGCGAUGCAAUUUUAUUUAGCUUCCGCUCGUGGACCCUGUAUACAAGAAUAUGCUCAAAAGUUACAAAUUGAAUGCCAAAAUAUUUGGGAACGCGGUAGACAAAAAUGUGAAAAAAAGAGUCUUUCUGGACAUGAAUGCGUAUUAGGAGCAAAUCAUUAUGUUGAUAGUGAUAAAAAACAUAGAAGUGCAUUUCAGGCUUUACAAGCUUGUAAUUGUGGUAGAAGUAGAAGAGAUAGAGAAGAUCCUUUUGAUUUAUUGAAAGCAAAUAAAUUAUUUUUUGAAUUUCCUGGAUGUUGUAAAUCAAAUGGGAAUGGUUGCUUCAUACUACCUCAAGUAACUAACUCCACCAUCAUUUCUUCUAUGUGGUCAAUUAUUCGUUUAGGAUCAGGAUCAAUGUACAAACCAAGCGCUGGACUUGAUAAUUGGGAUGGAUUUGUUACAAAUGCAAAUUUUCUUUUGCCAUUCGACAUUCCUCUAAUUGUCAAUCGACCUCAAUUUGUACAAGAGGAAUUGUUUAGGAUCAAGGAUGCUAAUGGAUGGUCAAUGAAUGUUGCAGGAUGUGAUUGGGCCAAGUUAAAAAAAAUUAAGAAUAAAGAAGAAAAGUUGGUUAAUCCUACUACAAGAAAAGGGCUUAAAUAUAAAAUGAAAUCAGACGAGGUUAAGAUUGAUGGUGGGUCAAUUUGGUCAGCUUUUAAUAAUAAUAAUGAAAAUCUACCAAAAUGGACUUCCACAUCAUCAUCGUCAUCAAUAUUUAACCUGAAUGAUUGUCUAAAGUUUGUUCGUUAUGCACAACUUAACUCAAUCGAAUUUGUUGAGAAUCAGCCGACCAACACUGCCGCCACCACAUCUGAUAGUAAGGAGAAACGUGCUGCUAAACGUGCUGCUAAAAUUAAUCAAAAGAAGGAACGUGAUAAACCAUCACCAUUAUCAUUAACUCAAAAAGAAAUAACAGCACCAGUAGCUUCAAGUUCUUCCUCUUCGUUAAAAGGUGAUAAUUUAGCUUUAAAAGGUUAUGUUGGCAUAGAGUAUGAGUGCCCUCUUGGUCAUAGAUUUAUGAGUUGUGGAGAUCGACAAAUUUAUAAAUUAGGUCACUCUAGUCAUAUUAAGCGUGUAAUUAUUGUCACACCUGAUUCUUCUUUAUCACUUACUUUAAAGCCCAUGAUUAAGAGCACUUUAAAUAAGCAAGAAGUAGUAUCACCAUUAUUUGAUAAAAAUGAAUAUGAGCAAUCAUUCAAAGGAAUAUUAUUACCAAAAAAUAGUUUAAUAGUAUUACGUUUACCUUAUAUUCAUUAUAAUCAAUCAGGUGAACCAAUUUAUAAAGAACAAGUUAUUAUUAGUAGUAACAGCAACAACAUCAACAAUUCAUCUUUGACAAAUUUAUAUUUAGAAAAAGGAUUUCUUUUUGUUGAUUUGCCAAAUCCAAAUUUAUUAUCAGGUAAAGAUGAAACAUCAAGUAUUACAUAA